AUGGAUCAAAAGGGGGAGAGGAAAGAGCAGCAGCAUCCAUGGCUACCACCUGACUACGUCUCGUUAGCGCAACUCCAAGAGCGAUGGCUCCAAAAGCAACGGGAUAAGGAGAUGAGAGAGAAACAGAAGCAAGAAGAGAUGAGAAAGAAACCGCCGGAGGCGGAACCGAGCGAGGAUCAUAAGUUGAAGAGUGGUUGGGAUGAAAAAGGGGCGAGCGGCAGACGAGGGGCGAAAACCGGCGGCCGAGAUGGGGCCCGAGCGAUUGCAGACAGAGGAAAGGGGAAGGAGACGCCCAUAGGUGGUUUCGAAAAUAAGACGCAUCAUAAGAAGAAGAAAAAUAGAUAUGGCAGAAUAGAGAAAUUGGAAAAGGGAAAUGAGGUUGAGAAGGAAAAGCUAGAGAUUGAGACUGAUAAUGAUGUCAACAGCGGCGGAGUUAAGGAGGUUUUGAGUGCGGAAAACAGGAUAAAUAGAAACGACUUUAGAGGUAGGCUCUCGAGAAACUAUAAAAAUCUGGGCACAGGUGACAUUGCUAGAAGAGAGAAUGGAGUUAGGUUAAAUAAGCUGGGGGAGGGAGCUGAAGGCAGUCUGAAAAAGGGUUACAGUAGGAAUUGGGAAAAUAGGAGGAAUCACAAUUACAGGUUUAAGGAGGAUGGAGCUGAUGUUUCAAAAGGAAAUGCAGUGGAAAAAGAUUCAGAAAAUCAGGUUCGGGAUGAUAAUUUGGAGUUUUGCAGUGAAACAGGCAGUCUCAAUGGUGGCAAGGUUAAAGACGAGCAUGUUAGUGAUCAUGGAGUUGAAGAUGAAGGGUUAAAAAGUGAUGAAAAGGCGGAAGGGUUGGUUAUUGCCAUGGAAAAUUUAAAAGUUGAUGAAAAAAGAGGAGGAUUCGGAAUAGGGUAUAACAGGAGAUAUGGGAAUCGGAGGUGGAACAAUGGGAGAGAGUUUAUGAGUGGUUUACGUUCUAAUAACUGGAAUGAGAAAGCUGGUAGUGUUAGGAGAUAUGGGAGGUUUGGGAGAUUUGAGGGAAAUGAGAGAAAAGACAGAGAGAUGAAUGGAACUUCAGAGGAUGUAGAGACCGAGCUUCAAGUGCUAAUUUCUGGAUGCACGUCAUCUAAGGGAAUCAUGUCUAUCUUAAUUUUUGAAGUUGCUGGCUAAUUUUUCCAGAUUGAGGCUUUUUUAUAUUUAUUGUUUCUCGUUAUGGUACGCCGUGAAAGAUAAUCUUUAUAACUUAGAAGUGCCAUAUUUCCUCUGCUCUGCUUGGUAGAUGUAUGUAUCUCAGGAUGCAGCCUCUUUGUUUUUUCUUCUUUAUCAGUCUUAUUCUAACUCAUGGUUUUAACUGUGUCUACCUUUGCAUUUUUCUACUAUAACAACUGCACUUGGAUUCCAACUAUUUGCUAACAUUGGAUCAUUUGGUGAUUAUCAUUGCUAAAUUUGAGAUGUUAUAUCCAUGAUGGUUUUCUCCUUUAGUUCCCAGACAUAUUUUUCAUGGUUUGAGAUACUAUGUUGACAUGUCAUUAUGUGCAUAUCUUGUUUAUCUCAGCAUGUAUGGUUUUCCUUGGCUUGUUGGUUCAAAAACUUUUUUGCUCUGGGAGCAGUUACAUACUAUUGAUCGAAAAAGGUACAAAGGCAAGAGUCAAAGGCAAGAGUUGCCCGAUGGGGACGUUCACGAAAGCAUAUUCAAACUUUG